AUGUUGAUCUCAAGCUUUAGCUGGCUAGCUGCUCUGAUAACAGCGGCAGUAUUCACUCGCCGUACAGCUGCAUCGCCUGCAUUUGUUCUAACCGUCGCCUUGUUCCCUGAUCAUCCUGCCGUCCAGCUCAAUGACGGACGUAUCCUGUUCAAUGCGACGGGUCAGAAUGCAAUCUUCAAUGUCGAUCGUCGGUUUGGAAUCACCAAUUCUGCUAGCGCGCCCUGUCGCGCCUUGCGUGCGUCCAAAAUCAGACAAGAAUUCAUUCUGCACAGUGCAGAUGCUAACAGGUUCUUGUCGCAGAUGACUACGGAAUGUUCCGCUGUCAACCGCUCGCAUCAAUGGACGGCUAGCAGCGUUGAAGGCUCUCAAAACGUGAGAGGCUCCGCAAAGCGCCAAGGCCUACAAGAUGAAGAACUCCGGUCCGCAAUUCAAACAUACACUUUGACAAAGAAUGUCACGCAGAUAGUGCAUGUUGCCGAGAAAGGCAGAGGAGAAUCUCUUUCUCACAACCCCUCUACCCCUCUUCAUGCACCACAGCUGUUGUCUCGUCAGGUUAUGAACGAGAUAAGUCCCAGGGGCAUGGUAGAGGAGUGGAAGGCUGUCGAGACUGCCAGAACAAACUGGGUGAAGCAAGACGAAGUGAAGAGGUUCGUCCUCGAACAUGGCCAGGAUCAAACCUUUGCAACAUCCGAGUAUUUCGGCUGCAGCGUCUUUGUCCUAGUGACGAGCAAGUCCAUUGUCGUCGGUCAUCUUUCGGAAUGCAAGGGAGCCACCGGGCCUGCACUAGAGGACCCCUUCUUGACUGAGCAGGAUGUCAUCCAAACGAUCGAGGACAGGAUGUCUACCGCAGUUUAUGAGGAUAUAGAGAACGAUCCGUGCAAACAAGUCUAUCUUGUUAUCACGGGGCACGCGGCGAACCAAUUCGGCACAGGCGUGAAAACUUUGACAGACUGGUUCAUCGAUUUCCUAGAAGUACCCAAAGAAAAUAUUCGCUACAUCGGAUAUGGGCAUGACUAUCCGUUAUUCCUUGGCAACCCGGAUGUGGACGACGACCGCGUGGUACGUGGAUUAUCAUUAUUCCACUGGCAGAGCCUCGGUAGGGAUGUUGGAAGCAGCUGGACCAUCUAUCUUGGAAACGUGCGGCCACGUUUGCAGUUGUGGUUUGAUCGAGAUGGCAGGUUGGACACAAGCCAAGAUGUAGUUUGGGGCAUGUCUAAAAGCGGCAUGAGUGAGCCCAUCAGGCCAUAA